AUGGGGAAACCAGAGAUGCCACAAAUCCUGGUAGCACCAGGGUUGCUAGCAAAUGAGACAGUAUGUUAUCCAGCAGGCAUGGUAACAACAAAUGGGAUAUGGUUGAGUGAGGAUCCAAUGUCCUAUGCUCUUCCUACCUUCAUCAUUCAAACCGUGUUGAUUGUCCUUGUCACACGUCUCCUCGCAUUUAUUCUUAAACCUUUCCACCAACCUCGAGUCUUUUGCGAUUUUAUCGCGGGUAUAAUUUUGGGUCCAUCAGUACUUGGACAAUCUAAGUUGUUUCGAACGAAGAUGUUUCAUGCAGUUAGUUUGCAAUUGCUUGAGACAAUGGCUAACGUGGGUGCCAUUUGCUUCGUCUUCAAAAUUGGACUAGAGAUGGACCUCUCAACCAUUGGGAAAAAUGGAAAAAAGGCUUUGGCCAUUGCAAGUGUUGGAAUGUUUUUGCCCAUGCUUAUAGGGUAUGCCUUCUCCUUUUUCCUACAGAAAAAAACAACCAUGCAGGAAGGUACAUUCAUAAUCUUUUUCGUUAUUUCUCUCUCUAUCACUUCAUUGCCUGUGCUUGUACAAAUACUUGGAGAGCUUAAACUUCUCAACAUGGAGAUUGGAAAAAUAGCUAAGUCAGUUGCUCUCAUUAAUGAAGUUGUUGGGGUGGUUCUUUUAGUGUUUGUCGUUUCCUUGGCAGAGUCGACAGAAAAUGCUUUCAUGGCUUCCCUAUGGAUAAUCAUAUCUUGCAUAACUUUUGUUAUUUUUUGCAUUUUGGUUGUUCGACCAUCAAUCACAUGGCUCAUAAGGCGAAACCUAAAGGAUAAAAACUUUAACGACCUCACUAUAUCCAUUAUUCUUGCUGGGGUUAUGUUCUCUGGUCUUAUCUCAGAUGCCAUUGGAGUGCAUCCUACUUUUGGGGCUUUUGUUUUUGGCUUGAUUCUUCCAAAUGGGACCCUUACAAUCACCCUAAUAGAAAAGCUUGAAGACUUCGUUAUGAGUUUUCAGAUGCCUCUCUUCUUUGCAGUUAGUGGGCUCAAGACUAAUUUUUCAAAAGUCCAAGGAGCCUCCACAUGGUUCACGCUAAUAUUAGCCAUUAUUCUCUCAUUUGCUAGCAAAGUCGGCGGAACUGUCCUUAUUUCCCACUUUUUUGAGGCAUCUUUUCAUGAAGGAGUUGCACUUGGUUUGCUCACGAACACCAAAGGACUAAUUGGAUUGAUUGCCCUCAAUCUUGGGAAAGAUCAAAAGACUAUAGAUGAUACAGCAUAUGUAAUCAUGGUGAUAACAACUAUAUUUAUGAAUGGAAUUAUCACACCCGUUCUAGUAAAAAUUUAUAGGCCAGCAAGGAAAUUUAUACCUUACAAAAGGAGAACAAUUCAAAAGACAAAAGCAGAUUCAGAGUUACGAAUACUAGCAUGCAUCCACACUCCUCGGAAUGUUCCAACAAUUAUCAAUCUCCUUGAAGCUUCCCACCCCACGAAGAAAUCUCCGAUAACUAUUUUUUCGCUCCACCUAGUUGAAUUAACUGGUCAUGCAUCUGCUACCCUCAUCACCCAUAACUCUAAAAAGGUUGAAACAGUAUCCCUCAAUAGAAGGCAGGCUCAGUCUGACAAUAUUAUCCAUGCGUUUGAGAGUUUUGGGCAUCAUACAAAUUCUGUCUAUGUCCAAUCCUUCACGGCCAUUUUCCCUUAUUCAACAAUGCAUGAAGAAAUUUGCAACUUGGCAGAGGACAAUCGUGCUGCCUUCAUCAUCAUUCCUUUUCACAAACAACAAAUGGUUGAUGGUGGGAUGGAAACUCCCAACUCGAAAUUUCAAAUGGUGAAUCGAAAUGUACUAGCAAAUUCUCCCUGCUCAGUUGGCAUUCUAAUUGAUAGGGGCCUAUGUGGCUCCACACGCUUGCUUUCUGGCAGGGUAUCUCACAACAUUGCUAUGCUAUUCUUUGGCGGACCAGAUGACAGAGAGGCACUAUCUUUUGCAGUGAGGAUGUCUGAACAUCCUAGGAAUAGUCUCAUUGUUAUUCGUUUCCUUCCAGGUCUUGAGGCAGUUAAUACAACAAUGGACCCAAGCCAUGAUGAUAUUAUAAAUCAUGGGAUUUUGUCACUGCAAAUAGAUAAAGAGAAAGACAAGCAACUAGAUGAUGACUACAUAAAAGAGUUCAUAAUGCUGAAACAAAAUGAUGAGUCAUUCUCUUACAUAGAAAAAAUUGUGAACAAUGGAGAGGAGACAGUGGCAGCUAUAAGGUCAGUGGAAAACAUGCAUGACCUCUUCAUAGUCGGUAGAGGAAAUGGAAUAGAAUCGACAUUUACAAUAGGACUCAAUGAGUGGAAUGAGUGCCCUGAGCUUGGAGUAAUUGGUGAUUUGUUAGGAUCAUCAGAUUUUGCAGCAACAGUAUCUGUGCUAGUGGUGCAACAAUAUAUCGGGCUAGGGUCACAUGAUGGAGGUAUUUUAACACCAGAUAGCAUAACUCAACAAGAAGAGCAAUCUAUUAUGAACUCAUCAGUUCGUGGCUGAGGGAGUAAGCCAUCUGUGCUUGACACGUAAGUCUUAAGGCUUAUCAAUAUGAGGUCUCAGAUCAAAUGCCCUGAAACAACACAAACUCUCCAUUAUCAUGUACUUUGUGUAUAAGUGGAUCCAACUUGCUACAUAGAAUUUGUAGAAAGACAAUUAACGUCAAACUCACUAUUCUUUCGUAUAGUAAUUCUAGGCAGCCACAAAAGUUUCCAUAAUUUUACUCAGAAAGUAGCAUAUUAGUCAAGUUUAUUCAAAGUGUGAAUCUCGUUAUACAAGAA